AUGGCGCAACUUUCAGCAAAUUCUACACAAUUUAAUUUUCGAAAACUCACCUACUGCCGCAAAGAGAAAUCUUUCGACCUCUUAUGCUCCAAUUUCCUGAACUUGUACGACCAAGACCGAGGGGAGAUGAUUGAAACCCAUGAUGCUUGUGCACGACUAGGUGUUGACAAGAGGAGGCUUCGUGACUUCAUUGUGAUUCUUGAAAGCAUUGGUCUUCUUAAGAAGGAAAGAAAGAAUCAUUAUUCUUGGAAAGGGUUUGGUGUACUGCCAAAAACUUUCCAAUUGCUUCAGCUGAAAUUUCUGUUGAUUUGUCAGAGAGGAGGUUUAGGGGAAAGCUACACAAGGCUUGAAGAUGAUGAGGUUUCUCAGGUCGUAGAGGAUGGUAGAGGGGGCAAAUUAGACAAUCGGAAGGAAAACUGCAUAGAACUGCUGACACAAAAAUUUGUUAAGCUGUUCCUAUGCUCUGAGUUGGAGCUGAUAUCCAUUGAUGAAGCUGCAAUUUUAUUAAAUGGAGAUGCUCAAGAUCCGUCAUUGAUCCAAACUAAAGUUAAGCGGUUCUAUGAUAUUGCUAACGUAUUGUCCUCUAUGAACAUUAUCCAAAAGACUUAUCAACCCGAGACAAAAAGGUUCGUCUUCAGGUGGAUAGGAAUAAGAGGACAGGCUGAAAUGGCAACGAUCAAUGAUCUAGCUCUUAAGACUAAGAGGACCAUUGAAAACGAGCCAACGAACAACGGUGUCAAAAGACACAUGGGUGAUCAUUCAGUAGUUGCACCAUCUCAAACACCUUGUGAAGGCAGAAGUCCCAAAAAGGUUGUUGAGAAUGACUUGGAAAAGGGAUCAGGACCGGAUAUGAAAAAACACCGAUUUGGUCCAUUUGCUCCAACAACUGUGCCUCAAGACAAACCCCAAGGCAAGAAUAAUGGGACGCAGAUCCAGGAUUGGGAGAGUCUCGCCUCAACCCAACGUCCUCAAUAUCAUCAGCACCAAGCUUUAAGAGAUCUAUUCAGUCAUUAUGUGGGAGCAUGGAAUAAUUAUCAUUCUGAAGUUGCGGGGAAGGAUCCAGCACAACCAUAG